AUGCAUGUUCAUCUGCCAUCUAUGAAUGUUAAUCUCCCAUCUACAAAUGUUAAUCUCCCAUCUACAAAUGUUAAUCUACCAUCUACAAAUGUUAAUCUCCCAUCUACAAAUGUCAAUCUCCCAUCUACAAAUGUUAAUCUCCCAUCUACAAAUGUUAAUCUCCCAUCUAUGAAUGUUAAUCUACCAUCUACGAAUGUUAAUCUCCUACAUUAUGUGUGUGUACCUUUCCUCUUGCCUUGCCUGGCUGCAAGUGUGGGCAGGGAUUCAAUGAGAAACAUGACAUCAAAAUAUGUCAUCACAUUUAUAUCAGCAUAUGCUAGCAGUCAAUUUAGGACAGUCACUCACCAGUUUGCCCAAGCAAUGACAUGUUGGCCCCAAGACAAUGGGGGACAUAAAACAUGUCUGUGGGCUGUAGUGUGCCUGUUUCAUAACUUCUGUUUCCUGUUCUUUUCAGAGAUCCAAUGUUUAUAUUAUAUCAAACUGGAGAAUUUAAAAUAA